AUGCCUCAUUCCAACGUUGUUCCCCAUACAGGGUUCCAGGCUCUCAUACUCUGUGGCCCCGGAGUUUCUCUAAAUACCUUUACAUCUAAUCCGGAGGAAUUCCCUAAAGCAUUGGUUCCGAUUGCGAACCGCCCCAUGGUCUGGUACCCCUUAGACUGGUGCUAUCGCAUGGGUAUUACAAAUAUUACUCUCAUAACUCCCAAGUCGAGCCAGCCCGUUCUUGAGGCGGCUCUGUCACAAAACCCACAUCUCACAUCUCUACCCUCUCCGUCUGCAUCAGUGCUUGCUCCUCAAGGGCUAACCUUUACCACCGGAACUUCAGAGCUUCUCCGACUUCCUGAGGUCCAAGCAUGCAUUAAGUCAGACUUUAUGCUUCUCCCGUGUGACCUGAUAUGCGACCAGGUUGGUGAAUCACUUCUGGAAGCAUGGAUGUCAACUCAGGGUUCCCUGGAUGGUUCUUCAGUUGGCGAAGCAUUCUCGAGUCGUGUUUCAAGUCUGGUUGGAGUUAGUGGAGAACGAAGUGGAAGAAGAGGGGGUAUCGGAGUAUGGUACCCUAUGCCUACAUCAAAGGAGGAAAAAGUUAACGGAGAUGUGGCCGACUUCCUGGCUGUUUCGCCCCUGGAGGGAGAUGAAACUCCCGUCGUUUACGGCGGUCCUGGCGGGAGCAGAUCAGUCUGCUCCUCAUUAUCUAAGCUUGUGUAUGCGGUGCCAAUGGAUACACUGAAAAACACCAUAGCAGAGAAAAAAGCGUUGUUGAUUAGGCAUUCACUUCUCAAACGCCACGGGAAGGUAAGACUGCUAACAACCUAUCGUGACGCUCACAUCUACCUAUUCCCGUAUUGGGUGAAAGAUAUGGCCAAAAGAAACGAGAAAUUCGAAAGCGUCAGCGAAGACUUGAUAGGUUGGUGGGCAAAGGCAGAAUGGCAAGAGGGUCUGGGUGAAAAGUUAGGUCUUCGAGACGUCUUUUCAAACCAAGAUAACAACAACCGCGGAUUCGGAGUCGGAAACUCGCAUGACGAAGAGCGCGUCGAAAGAGAAAUUGAUCUAACAGCCAUGUCCACAACAAAAUCGGGCACCUACUCCAAUGUGAACCCAGACGGAAGCAGCGAAACCCUAUGCCAGGCUCGACCACCCUUACCCUCGCGUUCCUUCAUCUUUCUACACGAUGAUAUUAUCACCUCAACCACCUCCAAACCAAGUCUCCCAGAAAAGCUAAUUGUCCCCCCCAUCCUCGCCUAUGUGCAGCCAUUCCACCCUUCGUCCCCUUUGAUCCGACGGGUCGAUUCCUCCGCCCUCCUCCUUUCCAUUUCCCUCCGCCUCGCAAAACUCGACCCAAUCAGCGAAGUAGGCCGCGAAUCCGCCUCCCCCUUUGCCCACACGAACAAAAUAGCCCAUCCUGCCGGCAUCGCGCAGCGCUGCACAGUCACCAAAGCCGACUGCCUGAUCGCCGAAAAUGUGACCGUGGAAGAGAAGUGCGUGAUCAAGGAGUGCGUUGUCGGCGCCAACUGCCACAUUACCACGGGGGCGCGGUUGACGCGCUGUCUGCUUAUGGAUGGGGUGGUGGUUGGUGAGCGGUGUCAGUUGACUGGGUGCAUUAUUGGGCGGCGCAGCAAGAUUGGGCGCGAGUCUGUGCUGAAGGAGUGCGAGGUGCAGGAUGGCAAUGUGGUGCCUGAGGAGACGGAAGCGAGUGGGGAGAAGUUUAUGGUGUUUGAGGGUUUGGAUGAAGAUAUGGAUACUGUGGAGAUGGAGAUGGAUGAUAGUGAUGAGGAUGGGGUGGGGAGAUUUUGA